GUCCGGUCGGUACUUCCGGGUCACAGAGAGUGCGGGAUUCCGGGCCGAGCGCGGGUGGCGGAGCUGGGACCUCGCGUGAUUCUCAGAGCCCGACGGGAAGCGGCGUCCAGGGCUAUGGCUGUGACUCUGGACAAAGACGCGUACUACCGGCGAGUUAAGAGACUGUACAGUAACUGGCGGAAAGGAGAAGAUGAGUAUGCCAGUAUUGAUGCCAUUGUUGUAUCUGUGGGUGUUGAUGAAGAAAUUGUGUAUGCCAAGUCAACUGCCUUACAGACAUGGCUCUUUGGUUAUGAACUAACUGAUACAAUCAUGGUCUUCUGUGAUGAUAAAAUCAUCUUCAUGGCCAGCAAAAAAAAAGUGGAGUUUUUGAAACAGAUUGCCAAUACUAAAGGCAAUGAGAAUGCUAAUGGAGCCCCUGCCAUCACACUGCUCAUCAGAGAGAAGAAUGAAAGUAAUAAGAGCAGCUUUGACAAAAUGAUUGAAGCCAUUAAAGAAAGCAAGAAUGGCAAGAAAAUUGGAGUGUUCAGCAAAGAUAAGUUCCCCGGAGAGUUCAUGAAGAGCUGGAGUGACUGUCUCAACAAGGAAGGCUUUGACAAAGUUGACAUCAGUGCUGUCGUGGCGUACACCAUUGCUGUGAAGGAGGAUGGGGAGCUCAACCUGAUGAAGAAAGCAGCCAGCAUCACCUCUGAGGUUUUCAACAAAUUCUUCAAGGAAAGAGUCAUGGAAAUAGUGGAUGCAGAUGAGAAAGUUCGGCAUAGCAAACUGGCUGAGUCUGUGGAAAAGGCCAUUGAAGAGAAGAAAUACCUAGCUGGAGCAGACCCUUCCACUGUGGAAAUGUGUUAUCCUCCUAUCCUUCAGAGUGGUGGCAACUAUAAUCUCAAAUUCAGUGUGGUGAGUGAUAAAAAUCAUAUGCAUUUUGGAGCCAUUACUUGUGCCAUGGGCAUUCGCUUUAAAUCUUACUGCUCCAACCUUGUUCGCACCCUGAUGGUUGACCCUACUCAGGAAGUUCAAGAGAAUUACAACUUUUUACUCCAGCUUCAAGAAGAGAUGCUAAAGGAAUUAAGACAUGGUGUGAGGAUAUGUGAUGUGUAUAACUCUGUCAUGGAUGUGGUUAAGAAGCAGAAGCCAGAACUGCUGAACAAAAUCACAAAAAACCUAGGAUUUGGGAUGGGAAUUGAAUUCCGUGAAGGCUCUCUAGUAAUCAAUAGUAAAAAUCAGUACAAGCUAAAGAAAGGGAUGGUUUUCAGCAUCAACCUGGGAUUUUCAGACCUGACUAACAAAGAGGGGAAAAAGCCGGAAGAGAAAACCUAUGCCCUGUUCAUUGGUGACACAGUACUUGUAGAUGAGGAUGGCCCGGCCACUGUUCUUACGUCUGUGAAAAAGAAAGUAAAGAACGUGGGGAUUUUCUUAAAGAGUGAGGAUGAUGAAGAGGAGGAGGAAGAGAAAGAUGAGGCAGAGGACCUUUUGGGAAGAGGCUCUAGGGCAGCGUUACUUACUGAAAGAACACGGAAUGAGAUGACUGCAGAAGAGAAGCGAAGAGCACAUCAGAAGGAACUGGCAGCCCAGCUCAACGAGGAAGCCAAGAGGAGGCUGACAGAGCAGAAGGGGGAGCAGCAGAUUCAGAAAGCUCGCAAAUCCAAUGUGUCCUAUAAAAAUCCAUCACUGAUGCCUAAGGAACCACAUAUUCGAGAAAUGAAGAUCUAUAUAGAUAAGAAAUAUGAAACUGUGAUAAUGCCUGUGUUCGGCAUUGCCACACCCUUCCAUAUUGCCACAAUCAAGAACAUAAGUAUGUCUGUUGAAGGAGAUUACACUUACCUGCGAAUCAACUUCUAUUGUCCAGGCAGUGCUCUGGGCAGGAACGAGGGCAACAUCUUUCCUAACCCUGAAGCCACUUUUGUCAAGGAAAUCACAUACCGAGCUUCAAAUAUGAAGGCACCUGGAGAGCAGACCGUACCAGCCUUAAAUCUUCAAAAUGCUUUUCGGAUUAUAAAAGAAGUACAAAAACGAUACAAGACCCGAGAAGCUGAAGAAAAAGAAAAAGAGGGCAUUGUGAAACAAGACUCCUUGGUGAUCAACCUGAACCGCAGCAACCCAAGGCUGAAGGACCUGUACAUCCGCCCCAACAUCGCUCAGAAGAGGAUGCAGGGCUCCCUGGAGGCCCACGUCAAUGGUUUCCGCUUCACGUCUGUCCGAGGAGACAAGGUGGACAUUCUGUAUAAUAAUAUUAAGCACGCUUUGUUCCAGCCCUGUGAUGGGGAGAUGAUUAUUGUCUUGCACUUUCACCUCAAGAAUGCCAUCAUGUUUGGGAAGAAGCGACACACAGAUGUACAGUUCUACACAGAAGUUGGAGAGAUCACUACGGAUUUGGGGAAACACCAGCACAUGCAUGACCGCGAUGACCUCUAUGCUGAGCAGAUGGAACGAGAAAUGAGACACAAACUGAAAACAGCCUUUAAAAAUUUCAUUGAAAAAGUAGAGGCUCUAACGAAGGAAGAGCUGGAGUUCGAAGUACCAUUUAGGGACCUAGGGUUUAAUGGGGCUCCCUACAGGAGUACCUGCCUCCUUCAGCCCACUAGUAGUGCACUGGUAAACGCUACAGAGUGGCCACCUUUUGUCGUGACAUUGGAUGAAGUGGAGCUGAUCCAUUUUGAGAGGGUCCAGUUUCACCUGAAGAACUUUGAUAUGGUGAUUGUCUAUAAGGAUUACAGCAAGAAAGUCACAAUGAUCAAUGCCAUUCCUGUCGCCUCACUAGACCCCAUCAAGGAGUGGCUGAAUUCCUGUGACCUAAAGUACACAGAAGGUGUUCAGUCCCUCAACUGGACUAAAAUCAUGAAGACCAUUGUUGAUGACCCUGAGGGCUUCUUUGAACAAGGUGGCUGGUCUUUCCUGGAACCUGAUGGUGAGGGCAGUGAAGCUGAGGACGGAGAUUCUGAGUCUGAAAUUGAAGACGAGACCUUUAAUCCUUCCGAGGAGGACUAUGAAGAGGAAGAGGAGGACAGUGAUGAAGACUACUCAUCAGAAGCCGAAGAGUCAGACUAUUCCAAGGAAUCUCUGGGCAGUGAAGAAGAAAGCGGGAAGGACUGGGACGAGCUAGAAGAGGAAGCUCGAAAAGCGGACCGCGAAAGCCGUUAUGAGGAAGAAGAAGAACAGAGUCGAAGUAUGAGCCGGAAGAGGAAGGCAUCUGUACAUAGUUCGGGCCGUGGCUCUAACCGAGGUUCCAGACACAGCUCUGCACCCCCCAAGAAGAAGAGAAAGUAAUGAGAACCUUGGGUCCUUUGCUCCAUUCUCUCUGCAGACAACUCCUAAAAAUGACGUGACAUAGAAACUGUUUUUCCUUUUGGUUUCAUUGAAGUUUUGCCGUUUGUGUUUAUGGGUUUAGGGGCCAUUUGUGCGGACCAAGCUACUCGGGGAAUUCCAGGCCCACCAGGACAUGUGCCAGCGGCCCCAUUCAGAUGGCUGGCAAGGGAGGCAGUGUUGAAGGGCAGA